AAUCUAAUUAUUCGGCAAUGACAAAGCGAAUAAAAUAAAAAAUAUUCUUUUUUUUUUUUUGCAAAGGCGAAAAGGGAUCGAAAUUUGCGAACAUCUGAAAAUAAUCUUCUUGUGAUUUCGAGUGAGAGAGGACAGCUUCAAUAUUCCUGUCUCUCUCCUCUUGAACUACAACCACAUUCAAGGGUUUUGAAAUUGUGAAUCAGAGUUUGCUCCUUUCUGGUUUUUUUUUUUUCUGAUCAGUUUGGAUUCUCCGAUGGGUUUCUGAUUCUGGGUUCUUCGAAAGUUCUUAACUUUUGGUUUUUGUUCUUCGUGAUUUCAACUCUUUAGCUAUGGCUUGGAAUGAGACUAAACUCAAGAGACUCUAUCAAGUUUGGAGGGGAAGCAAUAAAUUUCUAUGUGGCGGGAGGUUAAUCUUUGGUCCAGACGCAUCAUCUCUAUAUCUAACAACCAUCUUGAUCCUUGCUCCCUCCGUGACGUUCCUUGUAAAAAUGUACUUAAAAAUGGAAGAUUCUCGUACCAAGCAUCCAAAACUCUCUAUUCCAAUUCUCGCCGUGUCUUGGAUACUCACCCUUUUGGACAUAUUUUUCCUCUUCAUGACAUCUGGUCGAGACCCCGGAAUUGUCCCUAGAAGUUUAAAGCCUCCUGAAUCAGACGAUGCACCUGAUUCAACUACUCCUUCCAUGGAAUGGGUUAGUGGUAGAUCCCCAAACAUAAGGCUACCAAGGGUCAAAGAUGUAAAGGUUAAUGGCCAUACCGUAAAAGUCAAAUUCUGUGACACUUGUUUGCUAUACCGUCCACCUCGUGCUUCUCAUUGUUCCAUCUGCAACAACUGUGUACAGAGAUUUGAUCAUCAUUGCCCUUGGGUUGGUCAGUGCAUUGGUCUGAGAAAUUACCGGUUCUUCUUCAUGUUUAUAUCAACAUCAACCACUCUGUGCAUAUACGUGUUUGCGUUUUCUUGGUUGAACAUAUUUCAAAGACAUAUGGAUGUGAGGAUUAGCAUCUGGAAAGCUAUAUCCGAAGAUGUUUUAUCGGAUAUUCUUAUAGUUUACUGCUUCAUUACUGUUUGGUUUGUUGGUGGACUCACUAUAUUUCAUUCCUAUCUCAUCUGCACUAACCAGACUACUUAUGAGAAUUUUCGGUACCGAUAUGAUAAGAAGGAGAAUCCAUACAACAAGGGGGUACUAGGGAAUAUAUGGGAGAUAUUUCUCUCUAAGAUUCCUCCAUCUAUGAACAAGUUUAGAUCAUUUGUGAAAGAAGAAGACUAUAUGAUGGUUGAAACUCCUACUUCAAACCCAGGCCAAAGUCUAGUUAACUCGAAAGAGAAGAUAGAUAUUGAAAUGGGAGGUGGAAGGGUUGUUGAUGAGGGUAGAAAAAGUUACUCACUCCCUGAGCUUCUCAGGAAUCUAAACUAUGAAGACCUUGAGGAUGAUUGUGAGGAAGAUGACUUGAAGUCCAAAGAUCAUCAUCACCACCACCAUCAUGAUCAGAAUGAGGGAAUCACCCCUUCUUUUGACCCUUUUUUUACCAGUGAGAGUGGUGUUAACAAGGAUGAGAGAGAGGGACAAGAGUCAAGAGGAUCUUCAAGUGAUGAUGAUGGAGUCGAAGGGAAACGCGUUGGAGUCUCGAGUGAUGAUGAAGAAAAGGAUGAAGGGUAUGAACAAAAAUGGAGUGCCCGAAGUAUAAAUACAAACGCAAGAUCUGAAGAUGGAACAAGCUCUCCUCAAUCUACUUCACCAAUGCUUCGUAAAUAGAGGGCUUGAAGCUGGAGAAGUGGAGAUUGUUCUUUAUCAUUCUUUUAACUGUGUUUCAUAUAAUUGUUGAGAAAAAAAAUCCAGAUAAAUAAUAAACAUUGUAGGUUUUGUGAGCUUGAGCAUUAGAUUUUUAAUUUAUCUUUCAUUUUAGCUGUAUUUAAAUUACCAGAAUCACUCAUCUGGAUAUCACCAACAUCACAUA